UCAACUCAUCGGAACUCCACCACCCCAGGAUGCGGCUCUUGCCUACCUCAGUUCGUUCCUCUUGCCGGUCUUCUUCCGGCGACGGCGACCCUCGCACGGCGGUUUCUCGACCCCGGUUUCGUCAGGCGGAACGAGGCGACGUGGGAUCCCAGGCCGUUAUUCGUGUCGUUCGUGUCACGACUGAUCUUGGGUUUCGGUCUCUGAAGACAUGGUCGGUCUUUAGGAUUUUUGCAGGGAUGUUGUGCGAUCGUCGUGCAAGCCCGUUCUUGUGCAAUGUUACCUGGUCUAUAACUAUAUAUACUGGUCAAAAUCAUAGCACCCCUGUAAAGAAAUAUAAGGGCGUUUAGAUCACUACUUAUAUUUCCUUACGGAGGGAGUACAGGUGUAGAACAAAGUCACGCGUUUUAACUAAGCAUUUACCCUUUUUCUUCGAAUGUUGUAGAUAGAUGCAACUGAUUUUGAUUUUCGAAACAUUUCAGGUAUAUAGCAAAUCGACCUGCAUCCACUAUUUGUACUGAGAUUAAAUUGAAACUUCUGAAUUUCCUAAGAAUGAGAAUAUCCACAUGGUCUCACAGAUUUGAAUUUCCAGUACUUUUUGCUGUUUCAUAGGUUUCAUUCAGCGACAUUUCUUAGUUUCAGGCUUUCAGCUUUCUACUGCUCCCAUGCCAAUUAUGAAUUAGACGUGGAGUUCACCACUUUUAUCUCCAGAAAGAUGCCCGUGUCAAGCGUCGCAAAACCUUCGUCAGCUAAACCAAAUCCAUUCGAUUCCGACUCAGACUCUGAAUUUACCUCGAGGCCUGCAAGAGCAUCAUCUUCCAACUCAGUUGAUCCUGGUACCAAUGGCCGAUGCAAGAAUGGCUUCCGCGAUUCAGGCGGGUUCGACAACCAAUCCGUGCAAGAGCUGGAGAGCUAUGUUGCAUACAAGGCCGAGGAGACCACUCAGAAAGUGAACGUCUGCCUUCGGCUCGCUGAAAACAUCAAGGAGGAUGCUACCAACACUCUGAUCGCCUUGCACAAGCAGGGUCAACAGAUGAAUAGGACCCAUGAAACCGCUGCGAACAUUGAUCAGGACCUUAGCAGGAGUGAGACACUUCUGGGAAGCCUUGGAGGGUUCUUCUCAAAAACCUGGAAGCCCAAGAAAACCAGGCAAAUAAAGGGACCAGCAGUUAUCUCGAGAGAUGAUCCCUUCAAAAGAAGGGCUAACCACCUAGAGCAGAGAGAAAAAUUAGGAUUGUCUUCAAGCCCCAGAGGGAAGUCGAAUCCUCAGACGUAUUCUGAUCCUACCAACGCCAUGGAGAAGGUUCAGGUGGAGAAAGAUAAGCAAGACAAUGCCCUUUCUGAUCUUAGCGAUGUCCUGGGACAGCUCAAGGGCAUGGCUCUCGAUAUGGGCUCAGAAAUCGAUAGGCAAAACAAAGCCAUGGAUGGUCUACAAGAUGAUGUGGAGGAACUCAACUCCAGGGUGAAAGGAGCCAACCAGCGUGCACGCCGUUUGCUUGGGAAAUAAUAUUGCCUCGAAAAUGUAUGAGUGCAGUCUUGGUAUAUGAGGUUGCAGAAUCAAAACAUUGCUGCUGCUGCUUUGCUAAGCUUACUUUUGUAACUUCUCUUGGGAAGGAAAAGUUGCAAGUUGCAACAUUGCUCCCAAAAUACAUAUGAGGUGCACACAUAUAUAAUCAUCUAUUUUCCCUGGUUUGUGAUCAACCAAAUUGCUCAGAGAUUUUGAAAGCAACAUCAACUAUCUGUAUUUGUACAAAGAUUAGUAUUAACUAGCAAAAGAGCCCGUGUGUUGCAACGGGAGA